AUGUCUGUUGUAGUGUCCUCAGACUCCGAAAGCGAGUAUCGAGACAGCGACCAUUCCCCCUUGUCCGCACCGGACCCGCCUGGCCCUAACACUCGUGUGACGACACACUCGUCCAAUCGAGACUCUCGCACUGGAGCAGUCAGGCCCACGGUCCGCCGUCCCAAUGGCGGUUAUAGUGACCAAUCCCCCUCGCCUGCACCGGACACGCCUGGCCGCCACACGCGUGUGACGACACGGUCAAACACUCGCGAAGCUCAGACUGGUCCCAUCAGGCCGACGGCCCGCCAAACCCAUGGGAAUGGCGGCCGAGUGCCAGCUCGCCCUCAGAGGGGCGCUUCUACGACUUCAGCUGCCCCGCCGGGCCGCGGGGCCUCUCGACCAAGACCGGCUAAUCUCCCCGCAGUUCCAAGCAGAGCCCGGGCCCCAGCCUCGAGCACUCAACAAGCAACAGCCAGCCAAGCCCCUGGCAAUGAGGCUGACCCCCAGGGAGCGUGGCCCCCAGAUACAGUUCAUCUGACCCUUGAUGACGAGCCUACCAACGACGAGUUUGUCUCAGAGGUUGAUGCCAUCUUUCAGUUGGGUGGGCCAUAUGCUGACCUUGGUGAACAACUGGCCUAUCUAUGUACCUUUGCAAAGGCAAUAUGUGUCAGCCACCGUGAUGCCAAGAUGGUAAAUCUUCUAGCUACACGUGGUGCAAAACUUAAGAUGUUAGAGUUUGAACUCUGGGACUAA